GCUGCUCAAGCUGCCAUUGGAGGCAACGGUUGCAGUCCUUUCUCUUUAGGCCUCUUGCUUCAGGCUGUGCGCGACCUGAGAAAGGAUUUGGUGGACCGUGGCUGCGAUGUUUCCUUGCUUUGGGUACCUUCCCAUGGCAAGCACCAGCGAUGGCGCCCCGCCGCUGAGCACGACCCUGAGGAGCUCCGCGCUCUUAACCAUGCUGCUGAUGUGGCGGCCGGCGAGUGCAUGCAAACCAGACUUUCUGGAUCCCUCCGGGAAGGCUGGCAUGCACAGUGCGCUGCAACCCUCGAGUGGGAACUCAAGACCAUUCGACUGGCUGCUGCGUGUGCAGAACAGCUGCAUCAGCAUGUGCGAAACGUCCCUGUGGACGAUGCCGAGCUCCCCUCUUAG